UUAAUAAAAAAAAAAACAAACAAAGUGAAAAGAUGGGUAGACCUCCUUGCUGUGACAAAAUCGGUGUGAAGAAGGGUCCAUGGACCCCGGAAGAAGAUAUCAUACUCGUCUCUUAUAUCCAAGAACAUGGUACAGGAAACUGGAGAUCGGUUCCUACUAAUACAGGCUUGCUUAGAUGCAGCAAGAGUUGUAGGCUUAGAUGGACUAAUUAUCUGAGGCCAGGAAUCAAACGUGGUAACUUCACUGAGCAGGAAGAGAAGAUGAUUAUCCAUCUCCAAGCUCUUCUAGGCAACAGAUGGGCUGCCAUAGCUUCUUAUCUUCCUCAAAGAACGGAUAAUGAUAUAAAAAAUUAUUGGAACACUCACUUGAAGAAGAAGCUUAAAAAGGGUCAAAAGCAAGAUGGAGUUUCUUCUUCGUUCCAAUCGGUCACCAAGGGACAGUGGGAGAGACGCCUUCAAACGGAUAUCCGGAUGGCUAAACAGGCGCUGUCCGACGCAUUGUCGCUCGAUAAACCGAGCUUUUCGACGGAUUCAAAGGACUUGAAGCCGUCUCAGGAAAAUACGUAUGCGUCGAGUGCCGAGAACAUUUCUCGGUUGCUCGAGAACUGGAUGAAAACCUCACCGGAACCAGUCACCGGUGCUGAUCAUCGAACGAACUCGGCUGAGACGGUUACUCAGGGUUCGUUCAGCUCUAGCGACGAAGGAGCAUUCAGCGCCGAAACGACGCCCACUCAUCAAGGUUUCGAUUCUUUCUUCAGCUUCAAUAACGGGUCCUGCAAAUCUUCAGAUGAUGUUUCUCGUGAAUCUGUAUCGGUGGAGCUGCAGAACGCCAGCUUGAUGACGCCUGAAAACGGCGUCGUUUUCCAAGAUGAAAGCAAGCCCGAUUUGGGGGAUCAAGUGCCUCUAACUUUGAUAGAGAAAUGGCUGUUGGAUGAUGGGUUGUUUUGAUAACGAAAAUCAUGGUUUGAUUAGGGUUCUUUGUUUAGAGUUUUUAAAGGAUUUAUAUC